AUGGAAUUGGCAUCAUCACUUGAACAGGAAGUAAAUGAAGCUUCCAAAACAGAAGGAAGCUUGUUGGAACAGAAUGUAAGCUCUUUAAAUGGUCGUGUGGAAUCGCUGCCUAUUCCAACUGCCAAAAAGGCUGAACUGAAGCUCAAACUUUCUGUACUUCAGAAUCAAGUGAUGAAAUCGAAAAAAAAGAUUGCUGAAGAGAAUAUACAGAAAGCCAUCAAAGUUGUCGGUGAGAUGGCAGAAAUUGCUGCUUCUGAUGGAAAGGCCUUCUGCAUCUCACAUGUACAGGUUGGUUCAGAUACUGCUGCAAUCCGCGAAGCAGUAGUUAAAAUCAUGGAGCAGAAGGAGUUGGCUAUUAUGGUUUUCAGCACGGAUGAAACUGCAAACAAGGCUUUGGUCUGUGCUGGGGUACCGGAGAAAGGUGAUAAGAAAAAGCAGUUAAAGGUGUUGGAGUGGUUAACGGAAGCUUUGAAACCUUUGAAAGGGAAGGGUGGAGGAGGUAAAGGCGGUCUUGCUCAGGGCCAGGGAACUGAUAUAUCGCUUGUAGAGGAGGCGAUGGAAGUAGCAACAUCAUUUGCAGCAAUGAAAUUGAGGUGA